UUGGGGAUGGCGCUGUGUACAGUGUGAGUGAGUUAGCAGCCAAAGUUGCACGGCGCAGGCAGGAAAGUUCGCUGUUUAGACGAGCGCUGAUCUUAAACUUCACUCAUGUGGAAGUCCAGCACAAACACGCGGACUGGCGGACUGCAAAUAACAAGGACCUGCGUUCUGCUGUGUGGAUGUUUUUGAGUGAACUUUUCCUUGUUCAAGAAAAAAAAAAAUAACACAGCGGUUUGCUGGCGUCGCUGCACGCUGUUGUUUCAAUGGACUGUCGUCUAUCUAAUCAUUCUGGAAGUUUUGGACAAACAUCCAUGACUGGAGACACGCAUUUGUCGCGAAGUAUGACCUAACUUGUUGACGUUAUGCCAUGUAGCCUGGACCUGGAUGUUUUAAGACAAUGAUUUCCCCCUGUGAGCAGGAACUGUCACCCUUAUCUCGGAAACACCGACUCAUGGCUGCAGCCGCGGCCGGCGAGGACAGCCCGCUGCCCCGCAGCGCGUCCAGGGCUGACCGCAACGGAUUAGGGGGUCUCGUCCACUGCUUUAUCUGUGGAAGCGGGGUGACGCCGGGCAAGGAGUUGAAGUUACAAGUGACAUAUCAGAAAGAGAGGCUUCCUUUCUUCCCGUUCCUCCAGAACCAGGAGCCGGCGCCGGGCGCCUGCGAGCUGAGCGCGGACGGACACGCGCUGGUGUGCGCCGUGUGCCGCUGCUUCCUGGCGGAGCAGUGGAACUCCUUCGAGCGGAGCAGGACGCCCGUCGAGAAGCGCAUGUACUGGCUCAAACGACCCUACCAGUGCGACUCCCGCAGGGUGCCUCAGGAGUGGAACAUCUCCUACGACCUGGAGAGGAGGAUCGGGGUCAGCGGACACAACUACGACGGGGGCGCAGAGUCGGAUUUCUCCUCUUUUUCUGAAAACGAUAACAUGUCAGAUCAGGAAAUGGACUUGGUCAUGGACAGAGCCGGCUCGGGCAAGGACAAGUGUCUUGUGAGGGCACCUGGGAAGCUGCCGGGGAGAGAUGGUGGCAGGAAAAACAAUGUCAUCAGUAUUAAAAACAGCCCGGAUUCGCAGCGGGCGGUGCGUUACGCGCCGGGUGUUUAUGGGUCGCCAAAAGCGGAGAGCGGUCAGGCGGCGAGGCGCGGGGCUAAAGUGAUGAGUAAUGUCUGUCAAUCAGCAGAAUCUCUGGCAAAGUCUCAGGAGAGAUUCCCUCAGCGAUGCUAUGACAAUGCACUCUCUGACACACCUGUGCAAGACAACGGGGUCAUUAUGCGCAACAGGCGCUGGCUGGAGGAGGAGAAUGCCAGACACGCGGAGCCGCGUCAGAUCCAGCGUGCUGCCGACAGCAGCUGCGGCCCGUCCAGACACGUCCUGCUGCACGGCGCUCCGCCGGCCUCUGCUGGGAAGGCUGCUGUCAUCCCUAAAUGCAACCACGCUGUUCCCAGGGAGAACACUGACAACUCGGAUGAAGAUGAGAUUAACAUCACAAGUGAUGAUGACAGGGACAUGAAUGGCCGCAAACCACCCCCAGCAACCCAGUACAGACCCAUAACAGACCUCUCAGUCAGGAAGAUUCCCCAAACACAUCACUCUGCACACUCCGGUCCAGAGGAGUGCGUGUGCUACGUCUGUGGGACUGGACUAAAACACGAUGACCGCUUUAAAGUUAGUGUUCAGAAACAAGAGAAGGCCCAGGGGGAACCCUUCUUUCCCUUCCUGUGGCUUCACUCAGCUCCUCCAGGUGCCAUACCUAUCAGUCCAGCGGGUACCACCCUCGUCUGUGGCAGAUGCCACACCUCACUUAUACAGCAGUGGCAGAGCUUCCAGAUGAGUGAUGUGCCUAUCCUGCAGCGCCUAUACGUAGUCCCUCUCAACCAGACGUCUGGUGCUCCUCAUCAGUCCCAGUCCACAUGGCAAGACGGAAAAACUCCAGGGUCAGCAGAGUGUGUAUCUGAAACUAAGGCCUCCCAUGAAGCAUGUUUUCUCUGUGGACAGGAGUGUCGAGGAGAUAUGAGAGUAGUAUAUGCACAAGCUGGCGUUGGCAAAUCCCGCGGAGUGAUGUACUUUCCUUUCAUCAACUUGUUGCCCUGCCCACCUAACGCUCAGGGGCUGAGGAAUGGCCGGGUACAGUGUUGCCCAAAGUGCCAUUCCAUCCUGGAGGAUAUCUGGGGUGCGUAUCGACUCAGCCUCAGCGAAGACCUCAUCACAUCGGUCAGCUCGUUCCUCGUUAGGUACCAUAUGCCCACUUCUGUUGACGGGUCUGGAUCAGCCCACUCUCAGACGGCGGUGGCCUCGCGCCCCAGCAGCUCCAUGUCUGUGUGUUACCUGUGUGGAGCUGAGCUGAGUGCAGGAGGAGAAUACCAGCUGCACGUUAACCCGCCCGGCCGCUGUGGGGAACGGGAGCCUUUUUUUCCCUUUCUCACAGUCCACCCUCCUGCGGCCGGGGCAAAGCCAGCGGACGCCACAGGCCUGGUGUCGGCCUGUGACCUCUGCUACCAGGACCUGCAUGCUCAGUGGGGCCAACACGAGAGCAAGGGCCUCGGUCCCUCCGCCUCUGCUACCUCGAGUUUGUCCAGUGCCAAUCCUCAUCCAGCCAGCUCACCUUGGGCUCGCCAGUAUAGUUGUGAGACGUUUGUGUGCUUCUUCUGCAGGCAGGAGCAGCGCAGGCAAGGUAGGCUGUGCCCUGUCACUGUGGCCCGGCUGCCUGUCUUCUUGUAUGCGCCGCGUAGCCCUCGCAUGCUCCUGGUGGAUGAUGGUAGGAGGCUGGUGAUUGGCUCAUGUGUGGAAUGCAAAGCUAUGGUACAGGUGGGACAGAGCCCACAGCAGGACGGGACUAGGCUGAGACAUGGACCCUCGGCGGGGGAGAUGAAGGGGCAAGGAUCCGCCUCACCUCAAUCUAGACAUAAGGCCAGUACUGUGAUCGUGGGUGCGACUGGAGCCACUAAAGACACAGACUCGGGUUUGGGGACCUCACAACCUGCAGGUGGCCACACACCUUCACACCCUGUGAGCUUAGAUCCUGAAAGAGCCGACCAUUCGCUUUCCAGCAUGAGCCAUGAGCCAAAGUCACCAUCAUUAGGAAUGAUCUCCACAGCGACACGUACCACGGCGACGGUCAGCCCCCUUACCCCGUCACCCAUUAAUGGUUCCAUCGUAGCAAAUGGAAGCCCAGCUGCCCAGUCAGGUCAUUCUGGAUUUGCUGCAGCUCUUCGUAAACUGGCAAAGCAAGCCGAAGAACCUCGAGCUGCAUCCUCCAUCAGCAGCGAGUCAUCACCCGUGUCCUCCCCAGCUACAAACCACAGCUCUCCAGUCAGUACACCCAAGAGGGGCCCCCUCGGUCCAGGGCCUGUCCUGGUUCCCCCAGUGGGCCACAGUGUGCCAAAUACCCCACCCGUAGUCACCAUUGCUCCAACAAAGACUAGCAACGGCCUGUGGAGGAACGAGGGACGCCAGGCUGACUCGGGACCUCGUGGGGCUAGCAGGGAACGUCUGGGGGCGGAGGGGACCCUCUCCCAGGAGAAGGGUGGCCCCUCGGUCCCUGCUCACCUCCUGGGAAACCCCUAUGCCUACGGUCUCACCCCCGGUGCUGUCAUGCAGGAUUCACGAUUUCAGCCCCUUAACUUGCCCAGACAGUUGUCGAAUGCUGUGCCUACUGGUCCGGUACCAGAGGAGUAUCUCCGGGGUUUUCGGCCCUAUGCCACAACUGAGGACGCCCUCAGGAUGCCAUCUUUGCCCUUAGGCCUGGACCCUGCGACAGCAGCAGCUGCAGCCGCCUACUACCACCCCAGCUACCUGCCUCACCCGUCCUUCACGCCAUACAGGAUGGAUGACCCGUUCUGCCUUUCUGCUUUGAGGUCGCCUUUCUAUCAACUGCCAACAGGGGGAGCUUUACCCCCCAUGCACCCCUCUGUUCACAUGCACCUGCAGGGGGUACGCUACCCCGGAGACUUCACACACCCUUCCCUAUCAGCACUGCAGUCCGAGAGGCUCCAGCUGGAGGAUGAGCUGCGGCAGCGUGAGAGGGAGCGCGAACGAGAACGUGAGCGUGAAAAAGAGAGGGAGCGCGAGGUGGAGAGAGAAAAAGAGCGGGAGAGAGAGCGGGAGCGUGAAAGGGAACGGGAGAAGGAGCUGGAGAGGGAGCGGGAACGGGAGAGAGAACGGGAGCGCGAGAGGGAACGGGAGAAGGAGAGGGAAAGGGAGAAGGAGCUGGAGAGGCAGAAGGAGCGGGCCCUGAGGGAGAAGGAGCUGCAAGCAUCCAAAGCCAUGGAAAACCACUAUCUGUCUGCCAUGAGGGGACAAGAAGAACGAACCAAGCCUGAGAGACUAACCCCUAAUCGGGCUGACAAAACCAAAGAGCCCGCCCUUCCAGCUCCCAAACCAGUCCCACCUGGAAUCCACCUGGACUCUCUUGGUUCGAUGGUUCAAUCACAUCAUCCGGUCUCUGGUCUGAUGGCAGGCCACGGCCUCUACAUGGGGCCCGGCUUGGGAGGCGCAGGGAUCCCAGCCUCACUGCUUGCUCAAAGGAACAACGAGGAGGAAAGAUGGUUAGCGCGGCAGCGCAAGCUGCGGCAGGAGAAGGAGGAUCGCCAGUACCACGUGUCUGAGUUCCGCCAGCAGGUUCUGGAGCAGCAUCUGGAUCUGAGCCGGCCGGCUGACACACCGGAUCACAGGACAGACUCGCACAGAUCCUUACCAAAUCACCAUGAAGCAGGGAACCGGGAACCCCCCGCUCACUUGGGCGCCCCUCCACCUCUCAUAUCACCCAAACCUCCACAGCCUCUGCGUGAACACCACCCUCCGCCUCCCACAACCUUGUGGAACCCCGCGUCUCUGAUAGAAACAGCUUCAGAGUCCAGACGUAACCACGAGCCCUCAGGGAUGGGACACUAUGAGCUCAGUCUGCUGCCUCCAGGGCCCUCCAAAUAUGAAGAUGGAGGCCCAAGGAGAGACAUGGGACUAAUGGAGAAAUACCCUGCUAUGAGAGGACCGGGACUGCCCGAGCCCAGCACCUUCCUCGCUGACCUUGAAAAAUCCACCCAGACCUUUUUGACCAAGCAGAGGGGAUCGCUGCCUCUGUCAAGUCAGUAUGAGAUGGAGGGAACCAUCAAAGGCGUUGGACUGAAGAACAUGCAGGGUCACCCGGGGCAUAGUAGACAUGGACAUGCGCUCGGGAUGGUCCACGGACAAGGGAUGGGAAUGAUCACCACGCUAGGGAUGGGUCCGGAGACCAUGCUGAUCUACGAUGAGUUUCUCCAGCAGCACCGGAGACCUGUCAGUAAGCUGGACCUGGAGGAGAAGAGGAAAAGGGAGGCCAGAGAGAAAGGUUACUACUAUGAGCUGGACGACUCGUAUGAUGAGAGUGAUGAAGAGGAAGUAAGAGCCCAUCUCAGGAGGGUUGCAGAGCAGCCCCCACUAAAACUGGAGGACUCCACAGAGAAAUUGAGCUUUCUGAGAGUGUUUGGCCUGACCACGGUGGGGCGGCGCGAUGAGCUCGUGCAGCAGAAGAGAAGGAAGAGGAGGAGGAUGCUCAGGGAGCGUAGUCCGUCCCCGCCUCCUUCACAAUUGAAACGCACUCCACCACCUCCUCAACUCAGCACUCGCUUCACGCCAGAGGAGAUGGACCGAGCACCAGAGCUGGAGGAUAAGAAGCGGUUCCUCACCAUGUUUAGACUGUCCCACGUCACCAUACAGCAGAGGAGAGAAAAUGAAAAGGUGGUGGAGCUUCUUCAAGCCAUCAAAGAAAGGAGCGUAACCUUGGAUACCAUCAGACAUGCACCUCAUCCGUUGUGUAAGAGCCCUCUAGCACAGAUCUCUGAUACAGCGUUUGCUCAGCCUUCUUCUGAAUCAGAAGACCCCCACACUGUUAGACCGCCUAGCCCCUCCUCACAUUACCUAGUAUCCCCCGGUGGCCAUCCAAAGCCCCUCGGGGACACAUUAAGACCAAAGGCACCCCCUUCUCCAGCUGUCCAUCCAGACAAGGCCCGGGGGCCCAGUGAGGGACCGAUCUCCAAAAGGAGCUCCAGCCUGCUCAACAGCUUGCGGCCGCCACACCCUCUGCAGGCCAAAGAGGGGCUUCACAGCAUCAACGGGCGCACAAAACCCUGGGACAGCUUCACCCCAGAGGAAUUUGCUCAGCAGUUCCACGAAUCUGUUCUUCAGUCCACUCAGAAGGCUCUGCAGAAAAAUAAAGGAGGAGCCACAGGCGUGUCAGAGUCAUCCCACCUCCAGGAAUCCUCCGUUCACUACAACAUUCCUGAGCUUCAGAGCGCUCCUGGCCGACCACCACAGCAACAUUCACAGUCCCUUCCCAAUGCGCCGUCAUUUCACCAUCCGCAUUCACACUCUCACUCUCAGCCCAAUGGGCAGCACUUCUCAGUGCCCCUCCACAAGGAGGCCUCAGGGAUGAAGGAGGACCUGUCUGGUCCAGAGGACUCUGAGGAGGAGGAAGAGGAAGAGGAUAAUCCAGUUUUCAAGUGGCAGGGAAUUGAAUCUAUAUUCGAAGCUUAUCAGGAGUAUGUUGAAGAGCAAAGUUUGGAGAGGCAAGUGUUGCAAAGCCAGUGUCGAAGACUAGAAGCUCAGAACUACAACCUCAGUCUGACUGCUGAGCAGCUGUCUCAUAGCAUGGGGGAGCUGAUGUCCCAGAGGCAGAAGCUAGCAGUGGAAAGGGAGAAGCUACAAGCAGAGCUGGAGCACUUCAGGAAGUGUUUAACACUGCCACAGACACACUGGCCGAGAGGCAGCCAUUAUAAAGGCUACCCACCCAGGUGACCCCGCCAUGCUGAUGUGAGCAUCCCCCAGGCCCCAGCCACGUCCCCUUCACCCUGACACCCAGAGAGUUUAUUUUUCACGGCUUGGUCCUCGCGGCCCCAUGGAUGAGAACAUGGCUGGACAGACAGGUGAAUGCAUAGGAGACAGGACCCUCCAGUGAAAGACAGUAAGUCUUAAAAUUGUGGCGAGCCAGGGACUGCACCACAAGCCACUAACGUGUGCCAAUGUAGCCAACCUGAGAUCAGCGAGAGCACGGGGCGAAGGACCUGGAGACGAACACGCGACACCUGCUUUUCACAGUCUUGGGUUCCUGUUGCUCUGUUGUUCAGUCCCUGCAUCCCUCCACGCCACAGACAAUCCUGCCAGUGAGGGAGCAGCUUACCCCCGGAGGGGUUUCAUCACAAGACUUGAAUGCUCCAAAUCUCCAAACAAAAGCUUCUGGUCAGUUGGGACUGCUUUUUAUUUUAUUUUAUUUUUUAUUUUUUUUAAAUCACAGCGGCCAUGUGAGCUUUUGAACUGGAAAUGCACUUAAGAAUAAAAGCUGAAGAACUACCUGGUGGUACUGUGUUACAACAAAGAACUUUUCAAAUUAGGGAAGAACUUAGAAAAUGCACAUUUUUGGAAUGAAUUAAGAAAAUGUUUUAUUUCGAAGUAGAAAAUUUGAAAAUAAGAAUUUUAAAAGGUUCUUCAGCCUUGUAUUGUAUAUAAUAUGAAGACUUAAAAGAAUUUUGUAUGUUUUUAUUACUUUAAUCAUUGUUCUUUUAAAAGAAAAAGCCUGCCAUUUUUAUAUGUUUAUGCUUGUUUUUGGGUUUGAAAAAGAAAAGCCUUGCUUUUAGUGUUUGUACUGCUGCUGGCCAGAACAGCUCAUUUUGAGAUGUUUACAGAGUGAGAGAAGACGGGAUGCAGUCCUGCUCUCGUUCUGUCUCGGCACUGCGCAGCUGAAACUCAGCCACGGCCACCUCAUCUGGCAUCUGAGCUCAGCAAAGCUGACUCGGAGGCUCUAAGACACACGGCUCCUGCCCUCUCGUCCCCGUCCCCUCACAGCCACACAACUCCCCAGCUUCGCUUCACUGCUGCUGGCAUGACUAGCUAACUUGAUAUCCUCAUGCAGAAACCAGGUCCGCUGCAACAUAUAGCAUAUAUUAUUGAAUUCAAUCAAAGAUGUGUAUUUGUAUGUUGGUCACAUGACUUACUUGAUGAUAUUAGACCACGGAAGUCCCCUGGAGUGAUCAGCAGAUGAAACCGGUUCUUGAUGCUUUCUCUUACCACUGGACCUACACUUCACUUUCAGAGACAUGACCUAGUAUUGGAGUCCAAACACGACGGUUCGCCCGAGCCCUUAUCAGCCCUAACUCCGCCAUUAAUGGACAUAGUGCCAAGAAAUAUGAAAUAAAACAGCAGCAUUUUGUUCCUUCUCUUCGCUUCGAGUUGCACUUGGAUAGCCAAACAGUCAAACUAGAAUGGUCAUCUUCUACUGCCGAACACCUUCGUCCCUCUUUAUUCAUUCAUUUAUUUUCAGGAUCCCCCACUAUCCAAAAUUGCCAGAAUCUUUUAAGCUGAAGACUUGAAAUCAGGCAAAGAUUGAAUUUCGCGACACAGAAACAGAAGGGUUUGCAUCACAUUGCACAACUGUUUACGAGCCGUCUUCAACCCUCCCGUCAACUCGGAGACUUGCAGAGUUUUACCUCCGAUGAGGAUUCGAUAUGCAACUGAGACACUGGACCCACUCAAUGACUCGUCUAAAUCAUUGUUUUUAAGUGUUACGGCAUGGUGGUGGGAAGAUUGAUGCUAACUUAACCAACUACAUAAAUUAAUUUAAAUCAAAUACUGAAGCACAACAGCCCCACACUCAGUCUAUUGCUUACAAGUGCCUCAAAAAUUUGGGAGCAUGUGAAUGGAUAACAGUCCACAAAAUGGACCUUCCACGAUUAAUGCCAGCGAUCAGGGACUUCACAUCUCACAUUACAAGUGUCUGCCGUUUUUCUCACCCCCUUCAAAGAACUGACACUAAAUCUGUUCAUUGAAACGCAUCGAAAACAAAGUUAAAAUCUAACAGCCUAAGCCACAUCAGAGGAAAACGGUGCGCUGUUUUUCCCGCAGCAGCACAGAGCCAACGGUGCAGCCUGUCAGUACGAGGGAGCAUGCAUGCUGAGGUAAGCUGCCAAUUAGCUGGGGAGGAAGGUGCAGUAAGAGGAGUCUCUUACUCGGCCUCCCUGUGUCUCCAACCCACGCACGCCCAUGCAAUAGCCCUGUUACUCAGUGGAGGAUGUCUAGAUGCUGUGAAAUCCUGUUUUUAAAAUGUACUUGUUUGAAUUCAUUGUAAUGUAAUAUAUUCUUUGUUGAAUGUAGUAAUUAGGUAUUUAUGAAUAUAUGGCUGUGAUUUCAGACAAAAAAGAAAAUAAAAUACUUCAAAAAUGUUCCAUUUCAAACCGUUUGUGGAU